GGGCGGGGGGGAGGGAUGCGCGGCCUUCUCCCUGCUGCCACCCGGCCUUUGCUGGGAGGGGGGGAGGACGGCCCCUCCUCGUUCCGCACUACAUUUCCCGGCAGCCAUCGUGCCUCUGCCGCGCAGUGCUUGCUGGGAGUUGCAGUCCCAAGUGUCGGGGGGCGGGAAGGACUGGAGGCGGCUGCGGCUGCUGCUGCCAUGAGGAGGGUCAACAGCAGCCUGAGCGGGGAUGACUUCCUCCUGGAGGACCUGGAGACGGAAGGGGAGCGGCAGCUCAAGAGUCUUCUCCAGCAUCAGCUGGACACGUCUGUCUCCAUCGAGCAGUGUGUGUCCAAGCGCCGCCGCUUUGCGCCUGCAGCUCUGUACAAGCCCUUUGGAGAGGAAGCUGCCGGGACGCUCUCCUUGCCUCAGUUCCAGGCUCUGCAGGAAAGCAGCAAAGAGGCUGCCUCUCUCCGGGAGCUGGGCCUCUCCGACUCUGAGAUCCAGCUCUGGAAGAACCGCGCAUCGGCAGACAAGAGUUCUGGACUUGGGGCAGCCCCUGAAGCCAUGCAGGACAGGAUCUGGGCCAUCCAGGAGAAGAUUGCUGAGCGCCAGCACAUCCUCUCUCUGCCCCAGCGCUUUGCGGGCAGCAAACAGCUGAGCAGGCGCGAGAUGGAGAUCGAGAGCGCUCUCUUCCAGGGGACGGACCGCCACUCCUUCCUGAGAGUGCUUUACCACCAAGAUGAGGCGAAGCAGAGCCCCCCCCUGGCUCAGCUGGAGGCGGUUUAUCAAGACCUUCUUGGCCACGCACCAGCAGGGGUGCUGCCAUCCCCCCCGAGUGGCCUUGGCUCAUCUUGUUGUGUGCCUCCUGGCAGCCCCCCAAAACCUCAGGGCCCAGCCCCACAGCCAGCUUCAGGACCUGUGAUGGUGACAGAGCCAGUGGAGUUUGUCCCAGAAGAGGAGAUUCAAAAGAACCGCCUCUCAGAGGAAGAGAUCCGCAAGAUCCCCAGGUUUUCGUCCUAUAGCCCUGGAAAGCCAAGCGAGGUGCUCUACUUGAAGAACCUCAGCCGCCGCGUGACAGCAAGGGACCUCUUGUCCUUGUUUGCAAGGUUCCAGGAGAAGGGAGGCCCCCAGAUCCACUUCCGCCUGCUGAGCGGGCGCAUGAGAGGCCAGGCCUUCCUCACCUUCCCCAAUAUGUCGAUGGCGCAAGCAGCCCUGAAGCUGGUGAAUGGGUUCAACCUGCUGGGAAAGCCGCUGGUGGCUGAAUAUGGGAGGAAGCUGAUGCAGGCUGCUGUGCCAGACUCGGAGCCUGCGCCAAGCCCCUGCAGGGCAGCUGCCGUACUCUAGCAAGCAAAGGAGCCAGCAAGCAGCCUGCGGGACUCUGGGUGGAUGUGCAGGACGGUUCAGCAGGACAAGACAGAGAGAAAGACUCCUCCCGUAAGAGCCAGUCGCUGCCGGGGACAAUGAGCUGGGGGCAGAAUGGGGAAGGCCGUUGGGUCCAGGGAGGGGGAGUGGUCUUCUCAGGAAGAUCACCCUGAAGGAAGGCCUGGGAGGAAGGAAAGGAGGGAGACAGACGCCCUAGUGGGGGUGAGGAAGAAGAGGGAGAAACCACCCGUUCGCCAGUCUGUGCUGGUGAGCAAGGGGGCAACUCUGGGUCAAGCUGCAGCAUCACAAGAAGUCCUGGUGGGGUCUCACUGCCUGCUUUUCUUUGGGCUUCAGAGCAGAGACUUGGACAGUCCCUUGCACCGAGUUGCUCCAGGCCUGAGCGCCAGCCUUUCCCCCUGAUGACACCUGGUGCACCACCUCUCUUGACACUGUUUUGCUGGCUGCUGGGGAGGGGGGGGUCAGUGUUGUGAGCAUCAUAUUUCUUAAGAAACAGCACCCUACUCUUCUCCCUGCAAAUGUGCAAUGUGCCCCCCCCUUUACAAAAUGACUGCAGCCACUCUCCUGCUAUGGCUGCAGUCCUAACCAGCUGAGAGGUAAGUGAGGCUUACUCCCAUGUGAGAGGUUAGGAUCGCAGCCUAAAUUGCCCAGCAUACUUUGUACAGCAGAAGUGUCCAGCCCCACAGCCAGAAGGAGGAUCUUGAUUCGCCCCAUAUGCAUGUUACAGAGCUGUCUGAUUAAGGACAUUUUUAUGUCACCCACAACCUUGUUCUUGUCAAGUUUCUUUUUCAUUUUGAAAUGCUGUUUUCAUGCUGCCUUUCAGAUGACCUUUGCUAAAAGUUUUCUUGACCUAUACACAAAGUUGUGGCGUCUCACUGAGCGUGUGCUUCCAGUGAAGGGUUCCUGUUUUAAGAGGAACACAUCAGAAUUGUAAAAAUAAGCCUGACUGCCCCGAUCCCAAGACGUGAUCUCAGUGCGCAAGGGAGGGGGAAAAUCAAAAGUGGACGCAGGUCUGUCCCACUCCUUCCUGAUCGUCAAAAGUAACAUUCACAAAAAUGAAAUUAUCUUUGUGGCUAAUUAAGGCUCAGCAGCUUUGAUUAGUUAAUGUGCUGCCAUCCAGGCCAUCAAAACAGUUCAGGAGGCGAUGAUGGGCAGGGCUGUUGUUGGCUGAGCCCUUGACGAUGGCUGGGAUUCAGGGGGAAGAGCUUUGAAUCAAAGCUUUUUUCUGUCGCCUCUUUUGAACUGCCAUAUUUGUAACGGGAGGUGUUCCCUGCGAAGUGGUUUGCUGUUGCGAGAACGAGGAACAUUGGGAGCUUUCCACACCACAUAUCUGUCCGCUGGUCCUUCUCCUGCUCUUGGCCAUUGGCUCUUCAGUCAGACCCAGGGACAUUCCCAGCCCACCCUGGAGAUGCCUUGGGGGGGGUAGACCUGGCACUUUCCACAUGCAAAGCUCUUGCCCAGGUGCACUUGGAUGAUCCCCUUGAGAGGAGGGGGUUGGCAGCUUGCUGGUUUGAUCGCUCUGAAGCCGAACUGGCCCAGCAGCAAAGGCGCCAGUUCCUCUUGCACGUCACUCUGGCCUUGGAGCUGAGGGGGGACAGGAGACUGGUGGGACAAUCCCAUCUCUGCAGCUUUGGGGAGGUUGAUAGAAGGGCUGGGGCUGGCUGGAAGGCAGUGCUGUGUUUUUAACUGGCGAGUGUGAACGCCGAGCCUGAUGUUCUUAAAGAGAGUUGCCUUUGCUCCCAGUGGUUCAGGCCUCCUACGCCUUCCGCCUGUGGUUAGCAGAGUGGAGGGUGCCCGUCUCUGUGUCUGUCAGGACCUCCCUUUGCCGUCUGGGCUCAGUGGAGUCAGGAGGGGCUGGCUGCCAGUCCCUGCUGUGCCCACUGUUGGUGCAGGAGCCUGCCCUGGGCUCACUGCCACAGCCAUGCCCUUCAGCAAAGGCUUCUCCCCGGCCUUUUCUCCAGACUGCAGCGACAGCACCAUUGUGACCGUCACUUUCCUUGCCAGGCUGCUGAGCCAGAGAGCUGGACUUUCCCAGGAGUCCCGGGAGCAGCUGCUCCUGCCGAAGGCUGCCCUCUUGGGACUGCGGGCCCAGCAUCUCCCCUUCCCCCUCGAGGGGGAGGAGUUCAGGCGUCUAGUGGCCACAGUUGGUCUCAGGAGGCCAUCCUCCCCCACUCACCACCAGCCUCGACCCCUGCCUUGGACAAAUGUUUCAGGGGGGAAGGAAGUGAGAAUUGCUGAGCUGCAAAUCUGAUUAGUUUGCAGCCACUUCCUCCACUUUCCUUUCUUAACUUCAACCAUUACACUUUUGUCUUGGCCUCAGAAAGGGAGUGGCCAGCAUCCUGAUUGAGGGAUUGCAGGAUUGUCUGCUUGGAUUGCAGCUGCCACCUGUGACUCUGGUGUCCUCUGCUGACCCUCGACAAGGGCCCAGGGCAGCCUGGAAGAAAGGGGCCGGGCUCUGAGGCCUGAUAUUUGGCCAUUACUUUCCUACCCUCACAUCUCCAGGCUGGAAUCUGCUUGGUGCUUUGCCUAAAAAUGCUGGGAAACGUGUCUCGAGCACAACUGCCAAGCCUCCCCUCUCGGGGGCUUAAAGCCCCAUUCCCUGUUGUUCAGGUGAGCAGAGCAAAGAGGCCCGAGGAGACAGUAGGGUCAGGAUUUGUGCCAAGGUCUGCAGAAAAUGACAGUCUCCAGGGUAGAACUUGGAAGUGCCUGUGAAACUCUGAAGGGAGAGAGCAAGAGAGCAAGGCUUGCCCACUCAACAAACCUUGCAACAGAUGUGCCCUCCUGCUGCUCUAUUGUGCUGUGUCCCAAAGUUCUGAUGAGAGGCCCCUUAGGAUCAAAGCGCGUGCGAUUUCCUCCUCCCUCCCUGCCUCCCUCCCGGGGCCCAGGAGUGAGCCUGUGCGGGAGGUGCCGUUGUCCACCUUGACUGGGUUCUGACCACAUUUGUCCCUGCUGUUGCUCUUCCCCUAAUCCAAGUCACCUCACAGACCCUGCCUCUUUACCCCCUUAUGCUGGCAGGUGCGUAAUGCCAAACGCAUCCGGCACGCACAGGUGGAAACAUCCAGCUUUAUGGCAAGAAUUGUCUUUCUGCCCCCCCAACCCAGCCAGAGAAAUAAGGAAAUGUGCAUUAGGAGGCACUUCUCUGGUCUAUUCUAAGUGUGGAAGAUGCUUUAUGGGUGGCCUCCAGCAGCUGGAAGGGUGGCUAAUUUGAAAAAGCUUUUUGCUAGGAGCCCAUCCAUAGAAAUGCAAUCUCCCCUCCUGGCCGUUGCAAACCUGCAGUACAUGAAUCUCUCCACAGGGUGGCACUCUUUGCCCAUCAGGUGAAAGUUCCCUGUGCUUUACAAGAGAUUCUCCACUAGUCAGCUCUCACAACACCGGCCUUUCCUUGGAGGAACAGUCUGCAGGUGCCAUUGCUGUUUGGCACAGCAGGCCUGGGGAGCAGCUGUGGCCUCCAGAUGUUGUUGGACACGCAACUCCCGGCAGCCAGCAUGGCCAGUGGUCAGAGAUGGUGAUGAUGGGAGUUGUAGUACAACAUCUGGAGGACCACUGUGUGUUUAAGAAAAAGAAAAAAAGCAGGACCUGGUGCGACGCGCUGGGGAUGGCCGAGCACCAGGGACUGUGUGGGCAGCCUCUGUUUCUGCAGGGAAGGACGGCAUGAGAGGUGGGCGCUGCCUCCCUUUCCACCUGCCGGGACUCUGCAAGCAGCAGCAGAUUCCCUGUUCACCCCCACCCCACCCCACCCCCCGGCAGCCUUUGCA